AACUGACGGACUACUUGUUCAAGUAUAUGUGCUAUAGGCAAUGUAAACUGGGCUAAGAGUUCGAAGCUCAAACAUUUCAUCAUUUUUUGAGGACAGCCACGGUAAAAAAAUUAAAAAAUUGGUUCACUCUAUCCUAGUAAACCUCCAUACGGAAUGGUACGGUGACGGAUUUUAAAGUCUGUGUGAAUCGACCUUGACUUUGUUUAUUUGGCGUUCACUCAUUUUUAGUUAGAAAUUUACACAAAUAACCAGAUUUAAGCAGUCGUUUAUUGUAAUUAUUGGAUCUAAACUAUUCAUGGUGGAAGGAAUUUCAUUAUCUGACAUUGUCUUGUACGGAAAUGGAGUAAAUUUAAGACUGCGGGCAUUUGAAUUCAUCUCAAGCGUGGUUUUCGGCUGUAUUUUACAGGUCUAAGAAAGUGGUAAUCUGUAAAUACACACAAUUCACAAUCUGUGUAAACAAACAAUAGGUCGGGAAAAUAUUGCAAUUUCCGUCUUGCGCAAAUGUACGAAAAAUCCGCAUUCCGGUUCCGUUGAAUACGAGUUGUUUAUGGAACGAAUACAUCAGCGGAGAAAAAAAUGGAUUUCAUUGUCUAAUUUGAAAGUUACAGCACGUUAAACAUCCCAUGUGGUAAAAUAGAAACAUGCCACCAAAGAAAAAUAGAAAAUGUUCCUGUAGAAACCACGAUAUACUAAGUACUUCAGAGUCGCCUGUCUCCAAAAUCGAUACAUGUAAAAAGUUUAGAAAGUGUGCCCUCCUUUUUCUCCAAGAGCAUGGACUUCUUGAAACUUACAGCACUUAUCUGUGUGAAGAAUGUUACCAGCACGGGUUGUUAAAUGCUACAUCAUCAAAACUUUCCUUCGGUGAAUUUUGUUUAAAAAUUGAGAAAAAUGAUUAAAGUGAUGAGCAGUUUUUGAUUUUGAGCAAGAGUUUCGUGAAACUAUUAAAAAUAAAGUUGAGUGGUGCUAAAAACGAUUGCGGCUUACAGACUUUAAAAAAUCUUGACCUUGAAAAACUUUGGAGCUCUGUUGAUCCCGGAGUUAGAGAAUUUUUAUUCGGGCUGUCCAACAGUUACAGUGAAAAGCACAUGCCUGUGAUGAAUGCUUAUGAAACGUUAUUACAAGUUAUAAAUCCUAAAUAUAUCGGGCCUUUAAAUUUUGCAAAGACAGUUAUUUCCUACUUCAUUUCUGGGAGUAGAAGAAUUGUGGAACUGAAUGCCACCUUUUCACCGUCUGGUUCUUAUGCCACUGUGUUAGACUUCUUGAAAGAUAAGGCUACCAAAGACCAUAAGUUACCAGAAAGUGCAGACUGUAUAUAUUUCUUCGAUAAUAAUCAAAUCAUAGCACGUAGCUGGAAGGUACAAUUUAACGCGAAACCUUUAAUAAGUGUUGUUACUACUGUUGCAUGUUUGGUUCCACCAACAUUUUUAGACUUGCAAAAUUGCGAGAGAUUUAUGCCUGCCAAUUGGUUGUCCUUGCAUGGACUUAACAAUGAAGAAAAUAUUCCGGACACAAGCGCCUCGUUCAGGGGCGAAAGAAACGAUUUCUUAGUAAAAGAGAUUCAGAACUUGUCGCUUACUGGAUGUCAACCUCCACCACCAAAACUUCGAAAAGCUGAAUUUACUUCAGGCACAGCAAAAUCACAUUUACCAGAACCUAAUGACUCAUAUGCAGACAUAGAGUCGUACGUAACUGGGAAAACUGACAUUAUAUUAUUAGACCCAGUACUGGUAAACCCAUGCUCAUUUAUAUCAUUAGAAGUAGUACUUGAUAACAUAAUUGACAAUGCAAAUAAGAAGUGGGUAUUAGUUGGAUGCGACGGCCUGCCAUAAGCCUAUGUUCGAAAAUUAUUAACAAUUACUAUGUAUGUCCUCAUUGUGAAGAAAACUACCAAAAAAGGAACCUAUUCGAAAAUCACGUUAUGAAAGAAAAUUUAAACCUUGAUAUCAAAGAAUACAAAAAAUACAAAAAUAUUUUACUGAUACCUGGAUUUGGGCACAUAGAUAUAAAUGUAAUGAAAGCACUUUUUAAAUUGAUUUGGAAAGUUUGCAUUAAAGAUUUAGCCGUGAUUUUGGGAAGGAAGAGUCUAAAAGCUUUAACAGCAUGUGAAAACUGUACUGACCAUCACAAGGCUACCCAAAUUCUUCAAAUACUUUUCGAAAGCCUUAAAAUGGAAUUACUGAAACCAUUUGUUGCCGAAUGUGAAGAAAAACAUGAACGUCCUACUAUUGAACAAUUAUAUGAGUAUGUGGGAAAACAAAGUAAAAAUUACAUUUUUCUUUUCAAAUGUACAUUUACAUACCUAUUCGCGUGGAAAAUGUUGAAGAAAGGAAUGCGUAGAGCAAAUUAUAACUAUAUCAAAAUGAGUAUGGACAAACUGUCAACUUUGUUUUAUGGCCCUUUCCUUUUUAUUGAACAAUAUUUACGUCAGGUUUGGGAAUGCAAUUUUCAGACAAGUAAUUGGUAUUCCUAUGGGAACAAAUUGUGCACCCCUUGUUGCAGAUCUUUUUUAUAUUGUUAUGAAAGAGAUUUUAUGUUGAGCCUUUCUCAAGAUACACAGGCAGACAUUAUUACUGCAUUUAGUAAUACAUCACGCUAUCUGGAUGAUAUACUUAAUAUGGAUAAUCCGUUUUUUUGAUCAGUUAGUAGAAAAUAUAUAUCCCAGAGAGCUGCAGUUAAAUAAAACUAACAACUCAGAUAAUACUACUUCAUUUCUAGAUUUACAUCUCUCUAUUUACGAAAAUUUCAUACAUACCAAAAUUUAUGACAAGAGGGAUGAUUUUAAUUUGAGUAUUGUAAAUUUCCCACAUUUGGAUGGAGAUGUACCCCAGGCUACAUCUUAUGGGGUAUAUAUUUCUCAGUUAAUUCGAUUUGCAAGAGCGUGUUGUCAUGUUGAAGAUUUCAAUGAACGUAACUUAUUUAUUACAAAUAAGCUUCUUCAGCAGGGCUACCGUUAUUAUAAAUUACGUAAAUACUUUUCUAAAUUUUACCAUCGUAAUUCAGAUUUGGUUUUAAAAUACAGUAGCAAUUUAAAAUCACUUCUGCGGGAAGGUAUAUCAAAAUCCGCUUUUUAUGGGGAUGUGGUUUACAAACUUCGUAAGAUUUUGGGUCAUGGCAAUUUUCCAUUUGUAUUUAGUAAAGUAAUUAAACGUUUUAUGAAAAGAAGUUAUGACCCAACUGUUUUGAGACACACCGCAUGUUUGGUGUUCAACCCUUUUACAGUUGGACGCUAAGCUUUCCUCUUUGAUUGUGUCUGACGGAUCAGGUGGAGGACUCUAUGAUUAGUAGUUCUUAAAUCCCACUAGGACUGAGCUAUUUUGAUUUCCGUCUUCU